AUGCACACAAGAUCUUUCUGUUAUGACACAUUUGUCAUGCAAAGUGCAGGUGAAUCUAUGCAGUCCACAUGCAAAGCAGGAUGCGAAGCCGACUGGUCACAAACGGCUGUCUAUGCUGUGAUGUCAUCUGCCAGAAGAUGCAGGUUUAGUGCGCUGACUGUAUUCCAGUGAAAGGCGUUUGACAGCUUGUCGUAAUAAAGGAAAUGGGAGCGAAGCGAUAGCAUUACUCAUCUCCAUGGAGCGCCAUAUAAUGCGCCAUCCCACAAAUAACACGUUUUAGAGAAAAUGGUUCCCAGUUCAACGACUGGUUGAUAACAGACAGCCUGUUUUUUUCCCCAUUACAAUCAUAAUACUGAGAGCAUCGACCUUGCUGGUGUGGCCAUGAAUCCGGCGGAACAAACGGUUACUUGGCUCAUUACGCUCGGGGUUUUGGAAUCACCAAAAAAGACCAUUUCGGACCCUGAUGGAUUUCUGCAGUCUUCGCUAAAGGAUGGGGUUGUCCUGUGCAGGCUGCUGGAGCGGCUGCGUCCAGGCACUACUGAUAAAAUCUUUCAAGAUCCCAAGAACGACAGCGAGUGCUUGAGCAACAUCACGGAGUUUCUGAAGGGCUGCGCGGUGUUUCGCGUCGAGCCAUUUGAGGCUGGUGACCUGUUUCAGGGCCACAACUUCAGCAGAGUCCUCACUACACUGGUUGCCCUCAAUAAAGUGACUGCAGAUAUUGGCAUAGGCAGCGACUCUGUAUGCACGCGUCACUCUUCCGCCCACCGGAUCAAAUCCUUUGAAUCACUGGCCUCCCAGUCCUCACUGGGACGAUCUUCUAAGUUGCUCCAUAACCAGUUCCGCAGCCUUGUGAGUAACUUUGGGGACAUGACGGAGAACAGUAACGCUCAGUUAGUGGUUAAAGCUCGCUUCAAUUUCCAGCAGACCAAUGAGGAUGAGCUUUCCUUCAGCAAGGGUGACAUCAUCAGUGUUACUCGCACAGAAGAAGGGGGCUGGUGGGAAGGAUCCCUCAACGGCAAGACAGGCUGGUUUCCAAGCAAUUAUGUCAGAGAGGUCAAAGGGUCAGACAAACCAGUAUCCCCUAAAUCUGGAACUCUUAAAAGCCCCCCCAAAGGUUUUGAUACCACAGCCAUCAGUAAAACCUACUACAACCUGGUGCUACAGAACAUUUUAGAAACUGAAACAGAGUAUUCAAAGGAGCUCCAGAACCUUUUGACCAACUACCUGAGACCUCUACAGAUGACAGAAAAACUGAGCACCUCAGAUGUAAGUGUCAUUCUCGGAAACCUGGAGGAAAUCAGCACUUUCCAGCAGACUCUGGUCCAGUCACUGGAGGACUGCACGAAGCUUCCAGAGCUGCAGCAGAAGGUGGGAGGGUUCUUCCUGAAUCUCAUGCCCCAGAUGAGGUCUCUUUAUGUGUCUUACUGCUCCAAUCACCCGUCCGCAGUCAGUAUUCUCACUGAUCACAGCGAGGAACUUGGAGAGUUCAUGGAGGGAAGGGGUGCGUCCAUACCAGGUAUUCUCACACUGACCUCUGGCCUCAGCAAACCCUUCAUGAGACUGGACAAAUACCCCACAUUACUGAAGGAGCUGGAGAGGCACAUGGAGGAGGGUCAUCCAGACAGGACAGAAAUUCAGAAAUGUAUGACAGCUUUCAAGAAUCUCUCUGCACAGUGUCAGGAGGUGCGUAAGCGCAAAGAGCUUGAGCUUCAGAUCCUGACUGAGGCAAUUCGUCUCUGGGAGGGGGAGGACAUCAAGACCCUGGGUUCAGUGCUGUAUAUGAGCCAGGCCAUGGUCCAGAACCAUGGCUGUGAGGAGAAGCAUGAGCGUUAUCUUCUGCUUUUUCCUCAUGUUUUGCUCAUUCUGUCUGCCAGUCCAAGGAUGAGUGGUUUCAUCUACCAGGGCAAGCUACCUUUGAGUGGAAUGACGGUGACCCCAUUAGAAGACUGUGAAAGUCAUAAAAAUGCUUUUGAGCUCUCGGGAAGCAUGUUUGAGAGGCUUCAGGUGAUCUGCUAUAACAAACAGGAUCUGCAGGACUGGCUCGAGCAUCUGAACCGACAGACCAAGCACACCACCAUGGCGGGUCCCAGCAUGAAACCCCUCGCUGUUCCCUGCCACACACUCCCGUCUCACCCUCUGACGCCAUCCAGACAUGCAGAAAGCCGGGGCCUGACAGUUGCUCCUGCCUACCACACCCUACCACACCCCUCCUCUCACGGAGCCCCACACAGCACUAUGAUGUGGGGCCCCCUGGAGCCCCCCAAAACCCAGAAGCCCUGGAGCCUGAGCUGCUUGCGUCCAGCACCCCCACUCAGACCCUCAGCUGCUCUCUGCUAUAAAGAGGACCUCAGUAAAAGCCCCAAGACAAUGAAAAAGCUGCUGCCCAAGAGAAAGCCGGAGAGGAAGCCGUCCGAUGAGGAGUUUGCACUGAGGAAGAGUACUGUAGCUCUGGAGGAAGACGCUCAGAUUCUGAAAGUGAUCGAGGCCUAUUGCACGAGUGCCAAAACCAGGCAGACUCUGAACUCAACAUGGCAAGGCACCGAUCUCAUGCAUAACCACGUUUUGGAUCAAUCCAGUGUGGACUCUCUGGGCCGCCGUAGCAGUAUCUCAAGGCCCGAGGCCACCUCGGACCUCUCAGAGGACUCUGACUAUGACAGUAUAUGGACGGCCCACAGUUACAGGAUGGGCUCUGUUUCCCGACAGUGGAAAGAUGCCAGUCCAGCACUGAUAGUUCCUGGAGAGGAGAAGUUCAGUGUAGACGAGUUGAAGAGUAAUGGUCAGACUCUUCUGGAGGAGAAGAGCCUUGUGGAUGUUGUUUAUGCUCUGAAAGAUGAGGUACAAGAACUUAAACAGGACUAUAAAAAAAUGAAGAAAUCCUUGGAGGAAGAACAGAGAGCCCGGAAAGAUCUGGAGAGGAUAGUUAGAAAAAUGUUAAAGAAUAUGAACGAUCUUUCUUGGGAUGAGACCAAUUUAUGAUAUCGGUGUUGCCCUCUUACUAUGGAGUCCCUAAAGUGACGUGGUGGAAAAAAUAUGAGAUGGGAGGAAAAAAUAUAUUUCAAAAUUUUGCAUUCCCCUGAGGAACUUUGUAUUUGCUCACAAAAUGUUUGUUCCUCUGAGAAACUUUGCAUUCGCUCACAAAACAUUUGCGUUCCCCUGAGAAACUUUGCACGUUUUGCGAGAGAACGCGAAAGUAUUGACAUUUAAUUAUUUUUUCCCCAUCUCAUAUUUUUUUUGUAUCACCAUGUCCCUUUAGGGGCACCAUACUAGUUUUGUUGUUACACUAGUGGUUAAAAUGACCUGAAAGUUCAACCAGAUCAUUGACAUUUCAGAUGCUUUCUUAGCUUGAAAGCCCCAUGGACAUCCAGGGAGUUUGAGGUAACAUAAUGUUACAUUUUUGACCUAAAAUUGCUCAUUCCAAUGUUUAAACUCUAAAAGACUUUAGGUCUUAGGUCUUUUAGUGCAUCUACACCUAGCAGAUUUUUUUAUUUCGUUUGAAAAUCACAAAUUUUAUAGCUGAACAAUCAUGAUGGGAUUUGUUUGCUUGAAGUCAUAGCUUAAUCAGGCUCAUCUUCAGCAUCUCUUCGGAUGGCAUGAAUGUUACGUGUGGAUGUCCCUGACAAGUUCAUCUUUUACCUCGGUCUUCACAUCCCACUGAUGUCUGGGGUUGUGAGUGUCCUUUUUU